AUGCUUUCCAUCUUGGCACGGGUUGGCGGUAGCGUGGUGGGGCCGCGGGUGACCGCUCCGCUCAGCGGAAUGUCCGCCGGGUGCUGGCGCAACAUCUCGAAGAGCAGCGAGGUGAACAAUUCCGACUUCAUGACGAUCCGCACGGAGAACCAGAACCAGAAGACGGUGGCCAAUACCCGCAACUGCGACAGCAAGCAACAGAUAAGACUGAAGAAGGUGUCGAGAACUCUCUCGACGCUGAACUCAUCCGUGCCGGAAGCGGCAGCACAUACGGCCGUACCGAAGAGCGAGAGCCGCGAAUUUAUGGCCGUCUUUCCGGAUGUCGUGCGCGAUCUGACCGCGUACGCCAGCAAGUACGACAAGAACGUGGCGACCAAGUGGUUCGUCCGGGCGCUGCAGUACAAUGUGCCGCAGGGCAAGAAGAACCGGGGGCUGGCCUGUGUGUAUGCGUACCGGAUGCUGGCCCGUCCGGAAGAGCUAACGCCCGAAAACAUCCGAAGGGCACAGUACCUUGGCUGGGCGAUUGAGAUGCUGCAUUCGAUGUUCCUGAUCAUGGACGACGUUAUGGAUGGUAGCGUUACGCGCCGUGGUCAACCGUGCUGGCACACGCUGGAUGAUGUGAAGCUGGCGGGCGUGAAUGAUGGCAUCAUGAUCGAGGCAGCCAUAUCACACCUGGUGAAGACGCAGUACGGCAACGAGUCGUACUAUCCGCGGCUGCUGGAGCUGUUUAACGACAUGAAGUUCAUCACAACCAUCGGUCAAUCGUUGGAUCUUCGCUCGGCCAAGCUCGACGUGACGGACUACACGAUGGAUCUGUACAAAUCGAUCGUAUUCCACAAGACUGCCUACUACACGUUCUACCUCCCGGUUGCGAUGGCCAUGCACCUUACUGGCUACACCGAUCCUGAGAUGUUCCGGCAGGCGAAAACGAUUCUGCUCGAAAUUGGACAGUUUUACCAGACGCAGGACGACUUUUUCGAUUGCUUCGGCGAUCCGGCCGUGAUCGGUAAGGUUGGCACCGACAUUGCCGAGGGCAAGUGCAGCUGGCUGGCAGUGGUUGCGAUGCAACGUGCGACCGAGGAGCAGAAGGAGAUCAUGAAGGCGUGCUAUGGAUCAACGGAUCCGGAGAAUAUUGCGCGCGUCAAGAAGCUGUAUGAGCAGCUCGGACUGCCGACCACGUACAGCAUCUACGAGGAAGAAUCGUACAACAUGAUCAAAACGCACAUUCAGCAGAUUUCGCGCGGUUUGCCGCACGAACUGUUUUUCAAAAUUAUGGAAAAAAUCUAUCGACGCGAAGCGUAA